GGACAUUUAUUUUGAAGUAGACCGGAAGUGUCGAUAGUAGUAAACACACUCGGUAGGAGGCUCGCUUUACCGAACUGGGGUCCCUCCUUAUUUACCCGGGUUAAACCUUAACACAGCGGCCCGGUCCAGCUCCAGGUCGACUUCCGAACCGAUUCCAGCCGAGUCCGAGUCCGAGUCCAGCAUGAACGAGACGGAGGGGCUCCGGUUCCGGCGGCUGCACAGACCGCAGGUCAUCACCGACGAGCUGCCCGAGCACCGAUACAAAGGAUCCGGCACCUACAGUGGGAAGGUGUUUCAGGUGACGCUGCUCUCUCUAGGCGGCUUCCUGCUCCUUCCUCUCCUCGUCAUCAUCCUCAUCCUGGAGUCUCCCAUCCAGCCUGAGGUCUUCAGUUUGAAGGAGCCCCCGAUGAUGAAGGGCUGCUGGGAGCCGAACCUGAAGCUCCGAGAGGCCCAGAGACUCUUUGAAGACCAGAUCAUGGGACCAGAGUCCAUCACUAACAUCGGAGAUGUUUUGUUUUCUGGAACAGCUGACGGGAAAAUCGUGAAACUGGUCGGUCGAAGGAUUCACACGGUGACGAGACUCGGGAAACUUCCCUGUGGAUCCAAAGAGGAGGAGUCCAGCUGUGGGAGACCGUUGGGGAUCAGACUGGGACCCAACGGGACUCUGUUUGUCGCUGAUGCUUACCUGGGUCUGUUUGAGGUCAACCCCACCACAGGUGAAGCAACCAGGUUGGUGUCGGGGGGUGAGGUGGUCGCCGGCAGGAAGUUGUCGUUCAUUAACGACGUGGCGGUGACGCAGGACGGGAAGAAGGUGUACUUCACUGACUCCAGCAGCAGGUGGCAGCGCAGAGAUUACAUGCAGCUCAUCAUGGAGGCAACAGCCGACGGACGAGUGCUGGAGCUGGACCUGGAGACCAGGGAGCUCACGGUGGUGAUGGAAAACCUUCGAUUCCCAAACGGCAUCCAGCUGCUGCCAGAUGAGGAGUCGGUGCUGGUGGCAGAGACCACCAUGGCCCGGAUACGCAGAGUCCACGUGGCCGGUCUAAAUAAAGGUGGGAUGGACACCUUCAUAGACAACCUGCCCGGUUUCCCUGACAACAUCCGUCCCAGCUCCACCGGAGGUUACUGGGUCGCCAUGUCCGCGGUGCGUCCCAACCCCGGCUUCUCCAUGCUGGACUUCCUGUCCCAGAGACCCUGGAUCAAGAAACUCAUCUUUAAGCUCUUCAGUCAGGAGGUUCUGAUGAAGUUCGUCCCUCGCUACAGUUUGGUGGCGGAGCUCCACGACGGCGGCGUCUGCACGCGGAGCUUCCACGACCCCAACGGCCUGGUGGUGGCGUACAUCAGCGAGGUCCAUGAGCACGACGGGAGUCUGUACCUGGGCUCCUUCCGCUCGCCGUACAUCGCCAAACUCGACCUGAGCAAGGUAUAAAAAAAAAAAAGACAGACGGACGUUUGAGACGAAAGGAUGAAGUCUGAGACCAGGACCCGGAGGGACCGGGACGAGAUGACGAGGGACCCGAGCUCAGGUGUGUCAGACUGGAUCAGAUUCAUGACGCCUGUCUGAUGGAUUAACGGUGGCGGUCUCCAGAGGACGAACCGGACUGAACUUUGUGUUUGUGUUGCUCAGAUUUAUUAUUAUUAAUCUUUUUUUUUACAGAUUGUGGACGAAUCUCGAAGCUCAAAACUCUUUGGUACCGACGGAAACGUGUCUGACGUCAAACAUCUGGUCAGAUUGAUUACAGCUGCAACGACCAAUUACCGAUUAUUUGUUAAUUGACUAAUUGUUGCAGCUUUAAACUGAACAAGGGGCCGUUUGAACUAAACACCUUAAUUUUUGAAGUAAUGACACUUAAGGUUUAAUUUUUUUAAUUUGAUUAAAAGUUUAAUUACUUAUGGGUGUUGCACAGAAUCUCUUAAAAAUUUUUACUGCAUUAAAGAAAACAGUUGCGGUAUUUACAGCAGUGAGAGAGAUUUUACAGCAGUAAAAUUCUACAGUCUCCAUGGAGACUGUUGAUUUGCUGCCAUUAGCACUUGUGAUGCCUGUGAUCUCAUCCUCCUGUUGUUUUGGCGGGAACUUCAGCAGGUGAACUUUGGUCAGUUUAAGUGAUUCCUGAAGUUUAAGACUCAGAUCAGGAGGAAGCUGAAAUACUUGAGUGAACGUUUUAAGGAGAUUCUUGAGUUGAGGUGUUCUGUGCAGCCGGCCCCUGAGCUCUGAGCAGACAGCUCCGGGUUUAAAUCGUUUCUCCACUUUCACUUUUCUUCAGACAAAGUUUUCCUUCGUCUGAUUGUGUUUUUUUUUGUUGUUUUUUUUUUUACUUUUAAAAUGUUUUGUUUUUUUUUGUUCAGUGAAAAAGUGAAUUUGGAGAAAAAGAAGUAAGUUUCAACAGAUUCUGAAAGUGAACGACUCCAGAAUCAAACGAUGCCAGAGUCACGUUUACGCGGUGACUGAUCGUCACUCUGUGGUUAGUAAUUUCACUCAUGCUAACAUUUCCUUUUAUUAGCUCUUAGAGCUAAAUUAGCAUCAUCAGUGUUGAGCUUGUUGCUGCUGCUAGCUGCUAUUUAACUGAAGUAAGUGUCACGUUUGUCUGAGACAGAACAAAGAAAACGUUAGUGUCAUUAUUUACAGGUUUCCAUCUGCUGAAAACUACAACCCCCAUGUUUCUUCUUCUGUGUUUUAUUUGAAGUGUUGAUCCAUCAGAAGAUAUAAAAACCAUCUCAGUGUA